GCCGGUUUGUUUACAAGUGUCUGCCAACCGCAUUGCACGUUGCCGGGUUUUGAUUGCUCGCUACUGUAUCGAAAACACUAGAACGCAAGUUACACCGGAAUAGUCACGAUGGACUACGAAGCAUUCGAAGCGGCGCACAAGCCUCAGCUCCAAUCGUCCGGCGUGCCGGAACACUUCUGGCCAGAGCUGUACCGUAAGCUGUCCGAGCAGGCGUUCGAUGCGGGACUAUCCUUCUCCCUGCUCGCGGUGGACUAUGGAGAGGAAACGAGAGCAGCGGAGGAUCCCGUCUGGGCGCUGCAGGUAUCGAAGGAAGGAGGGCUGAAGGCGAACGACCCAACGGAAAUCUAUCUGAUCGACCAUGCCUGGACUUUUCGAACGGAUAACGCACGUCAGCUGCUAAACGCCCAUCCGGAGCUGGUGAGCCGAUUGGCGGUAAUGAUGGGACUGCAGCAGGACGACGAUGUGCCACCAAACGCGUACAUCCCCCGCAUCCUGCAGGACAUGUGGCGCUGGUGCAAUAUGUACUCGCUCAACGCGGAUGGGCUGUCGGUCGAAAACCGUAUGCCGAUUUGGUACGUGAUGGAUGAGGUGGGCAGUGCAAUUCUGCACAGCGAUACGCCGAACUGCCGUGUCGUUCCGUUCAUGCACAUCCCGGAAGGUAUCACGUACAGCUUACUCUUCCCAACGGAGGACAUCGACGAGGGAGAAAACGUGUGUCGAGAUUUCGUCGAAAAUGUACCCUUAGGAUCGAGGGAACGGGACGCACUGCUGCUGCCCUGGCGGUACGACUCGUUCGUGAAGGAAGACUUCUCCCAAUCGGAACCCCCGAAGGAAUACUUUUUGGCCGGUCACAUUGAAGAAUCCCUGCCAGACCCGGACGUUCCGCCACCGCUGAUCGAUGGCAAUAGACCGCUGAAGGUUUACUCACAGUACGAGCUCGUCAACCAAUACCUUACCGAUGCAUCGUACGAGCUUGUAUCCGAUCCGGCCGAGGCGGACAUUCUCUGGAUGACCAGUCACUUCAAGGAGUUUCGCGAGCUGAGCGAAAACAAUCCCAAUAAGUUCGUGAACCAAUUCCCGUUCGAGAACGUGCUGACAAUCAAGGAUCUGUUGAGCAUCGUCUGUCGCCGAGCGGCCAAGAAAUCGGCAGCAUCAUCCGGUGAUGGUGACGGAGAUGAGGUGUCAUUGGCGUCCAACCCUCGCUGGCUGCCGGUAACGUACAACCUAAAGACGGAGCUGGUUCCCUUCGUUGCCUACUAUCAAAACCGGGCACAGCGCGGCCUGGACAACCACUGGAUUGUGAAGCCGUGGAAUUUGGCCCGCACGCUCGAUACGCACAUUACGGACAGUUUGACGCAGAUGAUGCGCCUGCAGCAAACGGGGCCCAAGAUCGCCCAGAAGUACAUCGAGCAUCCGGUGCUGUUUGAGCGGGCGGAGCUCGAGGCCAGCGUCAAGUUCGACGUCCGGUACGUGCUGCUGGUGAAAAGCGUUGACGAGCUGUGCGCCUACGUGUACACCAACUUCUUCCUGCGCUUUGCCAACAAACCCUUCCAGAUGGAUGAUUUCGACGACUACGAGAAGCACUUCACCGUCAUGAACUAUGGCCAGUUCCAGCUGCGGCACAUGAAGUGCGACGAGUUUGUUCAAACCUGGCACACCCAGUACCCGCAGCAUCCCUGGGACCAGAUCGAGACCGACAUUUGCGAAAUGCUGCGGGAGAUGCUGCAGGGUGCCACGAAGGUGGGGCCACCGUGUGGCAUUGGCGCGAGUGCCCAGUCGCGUGCCCUGUAUGCCGUCGAUUUGAUGCUCGAGUGGACGGAGGCGGGCAGCAGAAUUCAGCCGAAACUGCUCGAGGUCAACUUUACGCCCGACUGCCAGCGGGCCUGCGAAUACUAUCCGGAGUUCUACAACGACGUGUUUAACUUGCUGUUCCUGGAUCAGGAAAAUUUGGACGUGUUCAGGCGUAUUGUAUAGAGUUGCGGAAAGAGGCACCGAAAUAAAUGGAUUGUUUUGCGCACGUGAAAA